GAGAAUCGACUCUCCAAUAGAAGAAAACCAACGGGACACAAUAGUGAAUAGCCCUAGAUAAGACUUGUUGGAAUUCUUUUCCUUCUUGGACAUCGAAGAAAUUAAAGGAAGUUCGUAUUGUUUUCAGCUCUAUACUGAUUGUUGCAAUUUGCAGUUUCUUGCGAACUUUUUCCGGAAUGGGUGCUGAGCAUAAACCAGCAACCGAGGACGUAAAGAUGGACCUAUUUGAGGACGAUGAUGAAUUCGAGGAGUUCGACAUCAACCAAGAGUGGGAUGACAGGGUGGAAGUAAAAGAGGUGACACAGCAGUGGGAAGAUGAUUGGGACGACGAUGAUGUCAACGAUGACUUCUCGCUGCAGCUGAGGAGGGAACUGGAGACCAGCGUGGUGAAGAGCUAAGUCCAGCAGCUACGGUGUUCCUCAGUUAGGUUGAAGAUUUGUAGUUUGGCGAGAUGAGAAUGAAUUGACUACCAGAAGCUUAUAUUCUUCACGAACACUGGUUUUUCUGGACUGAUAUUUCUGUACUUGAUUGGCGCGAACCCUUCUUACUGCUAUUACUAUUAGUGUUAAUGUGUUAGAGGAGAAUGGGAUUAUAACAAUCAAGCCAAGGAAUUAGAUUCAGUUUCUUGAUAACCUAACAGCUAUUGUCCAGUACAGACUUUGAUAAAAGUCAAUGGCGGUAGCUCGGCCUUGGUGGCUGAAUUUCUCCUACAGGUUCAGUCACUGCAAGCCAAAUUGUCCUUUUAAAAUGUAGCUUUACUGAUGCCCACUUGCAUAAAUAAGUAAUGGAGUCAUCUCUUAACGGCAAACCAACUUGUGAUACUAUUAUGAAAUCUUUUACCAGUUUGUGCAGGAACCCUACUCCCAGUCGAGAUUACAUUUGCUGAUUAAACAUGUAAGAAAAAAGUAAUCUUAUU